AUCUUAACAUCUAACACACCGCCCUCAACUCUUUAUCGCAUUGUGUUGGUAUUCGUAGGAUUGUCUUUGCCCACUGCGAAUGCCAUAACCCAAGAAUUGAGCUGCAUUCCAUCUAGAUGGGCUCACAAUUGUCACCAGCGACAGCCCCCUGGGAGGGAGUCUCAGGUGAGGAGCAACUUUUUGUUCUGAUCACAGGUGCCAAUAGUGGUAUCGGUCUCAGCAUUGGAGAACGAUUAAUUGACGAAUUCCUCGCUACACGGUCCUUGCGCUCCCACCUUAUCCUCAUCCCUACCACACGAUCCAAAUCCAAGUCCUUGCAAACGAUCAAAACCCUCCGCGAUUACGCAAAAAAAGCCGCGCAUUCUUCUACAGCACUACGUUCACGUGCCGGGAGUUCAUAUCGUUGGGAGGAUACUGUUGCGCGGAUCCAUGUUCUGAGCUUGCAGCUUGACCUAUGUGACUUGCGCGGGGUGUAUUCUUUUGCAAAUGCCCUGUUACGAGGCCCAGUCAGCAACCCUGAGGGGCUGCAAGGCGAAUAUCUACAAAACGUACGCAUUCCCAGGCUGGAUACUGUAGUAUUCAAUGCUGCGUAUGGUGGGUGGUCAGGGGUCAAUUAUCCCAAAGCUGUAUGGACUAUCUUGACCCAGGGGUUGGUGCAGUCUGUUACUUGGCCAAACUUCAAGAUGGCCCUCCCUACUGCUCUGCUGAACGAAAAGCGCAACUACAAUUAUCCUAAGGAACCUUUACUCGGCGAGGUGUUUACAGCGUGUGUUUUUGGUCAUUAUAUAUUGGCCCAUGAACUUCUUCCACUACUUAGUCGGCGAUCCGAAACCGAAACACCCGGCCGUCUGGUCUGGUCCAGCAGCCUUGAGGCCGUCGACAGUGUUCUCGAUAUGUCCGAUUUCCAGUGCUUCAAUGGUAAAGGCCCGUACGAAUCCGCCAAGCGAGUCACCGACAUCCUUUCCCUUACUGCAACUCUUCCAGCCGCCGUGCCAUCUUCCAGCCGCUUCUUCACUCCCGACGACCCCAAUGAGGCCCACGAUAAACCCAUUGGACCACGCAUGUAUCUCACCCAUCCGGGUAUUGUUGCCAGCACCUUAUUCCCAGUUCCCUGGUUUCUGAUGUGGGCAUAUGAACUUGCUCUUCUGGUCAGUCGCUGGAUUGGUUCACCCUGGCACAACACAGACAGCUAUACCGGUGCCAAAUCCCCUGUUUGGAUUGCGCUCCAAGAGCAAUCUGCGCUUGAUGAACUAGGUGCCGAGCGCGUCAAGUGGGGGAGCAGUUCCAACCGUCACAUGCAGGUCGAAGUUAAGAAGACAGAAGUUGAAGGCUGGGGUUGGGAGGGCAAAGUCGAGGAUGCGGCGGCGCUGGAAGCGGACACGGCUGUUGGUGUUUUCAAGAAGACCAUCGGGCGAAAGAGAGGCGCUAAAGACGUGACCAAGGAAGAUGUCGUGCGAUUCGAGGAACUGGGCGCCGAAUGCUGGGAAAGGAUGGAGAACAUGCGAUACGAGUGGGAGACCAUUCUUGGGGUUAGAAAAGCAUAGAGGAAAGGAUCCCAUCCUGAUUAAUGGAUCCGAUCGGCGUUUAACUAAAAAGGAAAUGGGUAUAUUGCGACAAUGACAGGCAUGUAUAAACGCCACAGAAGACGAUAAUAUUAGUAGCUCCCAAAGUCAUAGCUUGGGAAACCAUACGUCAGGCCCAUGUCGCAUUCAGUUGAAAUCUAAUCACGCGUUAGUCGUUACAGUCGUGUCCGACGGGUUUUGUUCAUCCGAGCGAACACGUCGAAGCAUCGUCUUUUCUUUCCGACCAAAAAGCCCCAGACACAAAGGCAGGGGCAUUACGGCAAGAGCCACAACUGCUUGGAAGAUCAGGGCAUUCUUCAUGUUCUUCGGAGGGUUCGCGUCCUUAUCGGCCACGAGCGCAUCGCUAAUGAUGACGAAGAUAGCGCCGAACAGCUGACCACCAGCCCAGGCCAAAGUUGAAGUGAUUUCGGGGCUGAGUGGGUGACUGAGUUCGAUAAGAAAUUCGAGUACGAUAGGAACCAACGAAAAGGAGGAGGCACCCAGAAUGGCGAGGACUACGUAGGGACCAGCAAUAUCCCUUGUUUCAGGCAUCCAGACGAAGACCAGGUAACUGACGCCAACGAUGGGAACAAGGAUCUUGAGAGUUAAGAGGAAACUCUUCGUGCGAUCGAUAAUGGGUGACGAGAUAGCGGAGGCGAUGAGACCAACAACGAUAAGCACGGCACCGCCGAUACCAGCAUCGUCAUCUGAAAAGCCAUAUGGCGAGAAGAUCUGAUUGAGAAGUGAAGAGAUCGAGUUGAAGAAACCGACAUAUAUAGAGAAGGGAACAAGGACCAGCCAGACCUCGAGAGAACGACUCAAGACCCCAAAGGAUUCGCGGAGACUGAGUUUAGGGGUCUCAGCUGCUGGACCAACUGGCGAAGGAGGUUUGGCCGGAACGGCGAAGGCAGGCACGGCACAGACCGUUGACUAGAACCGUUAGAUAUGGAACCGAGAAAUUUGAAGGGCACAUACAAUGAUGGAGAUGUAGAGGACCAUGUUUGACACAUCGCCAGCCUUUUUAACCAUGAGUGGUGUAAUUAGUUGUCCGAAUGCUGCACCGAACGGGUUGGCCAGACUUGUCAGAGCUGUUGCAGCGACACGUCCACGGUUAGUGAACCACAAAUCCGAGUAUCGAGUUGGUGCUGCAAGAAUAAAAGGCUGGGCAAAGCCAAUGAUAAUCUCUCCGGCCAUGGCAUAGGCAAUACUUCCACCACUAGACUUGGUAGAACCGGCGUAUCGAAUCCAAUUACCAAUGAGAAUGAGAACGGCGGCUGUCAUGAAGGCCAGCUUCGGACCCCGAUGGAGGAUGGCAAUGCUGAUGGGAAAUACAGCCACGAAUGCAAGGAAGAAUGCAGUGCUAAUCCAGUUGAUGGUUGAUUCGCGUACAUCAUAGUACUCGGCAGCCUGUGAUGCUACUGGUGCAAAGGUCAUCCACUAUCGUUCUUCUGUCAGCAUAUGCAUCUUAUUCGAUUGGUGGCGUGGGAACUCUAAACUUACAUCCCACGACACAAUAAUAUUCAUCAGCGUAAGCUGGGCGAGACCAAACCAACGUCGUUUGUAGGUGCGAUACUCCGUCGAUACUCCUUGGCGAAUGCUACCCUCCUCGGCCUCGACAUCUGCCUCACCCUCACCUGUUGCUCUGCGCUCUUGAAGAGUGAAGUCCCUGGAGCCGAGCUUCUGCUUGCGCCAGAACCGGCCACCAACACCGUCGCUACUCAUGAUACUGAAUGAACCAGGGAGUUGUCGUGAUCACUUGGAUUCUUGCGUAAGUGAUUUCUGUCAAGACUUGAGGGUGGAGUUGAGAGGUUGCAACACUUGAGGAAAUGCGUUUCUUUCGAACGAUGAUGCGUAACAGUGACAGGGAUACACUGAGCAAUGGCAGUGUCAGUCAGUGCCAGUGCCAGCGUUGGUUUCAAGAAGAGGUCCAGCGAGUAAGGACGUCCUCAUGCACUGUCUGACUCUGGUGGCAGAUACAUGCAAGAGCAGAGCGUGAUUCAGCCCUAUUGAAGAAAAGGAGUUCGGGUGGAGAAUUGACGACUCCCGCGCCGAUGGUGUUUAUCACCUCACUUGAUUCAAAGUCGCCUCACUGUGAUGUCGCUGUCCUCUGAUCGAGUUCUUGGAUUGUUGGUUCAACCUUGAACUUAUUACUCGACGUUUACUGGGAUCAACGCCUCGGCCGGACUUUAUUAGGGGUACUUUGAUUGAUGGGUCGAUCGGGGAUUGAGCGAGGGUUUCAGCUUGGCGAUCCUAGCGGGUUUAUAGAUGCAUUGGAGCUGUUGAGCAAUUGGGCGACAAGUAGUGGGCGAGCAAUGGAGAGAUAAAGAUCUUAUUCGAUCUGGGGGAGGGGGGGAACGGUUUAAUUGAAUCUAAUCUACCUUGGAAGGAGGACGCUGAAGCCAACGCAACUGCCAUUGCCGUCAACCGGAAUCUUGCCAUCCACAAGUGGAAGUCCGUGUGUGGCACCUCUGCC